AUGGCUACGGUUAUAACCGUUGCACCUCGCUUCCUAGCGGGGUCUCCCGCCCUCCGUAGUCAGGGGCUAGGAGAAACACACACACAGGAGCUUGCGCUCAAGAACGGUGUCAUUGGGUUGCUGGGCGUUAAGCAAGGUAGCAGAACAGCCAAGCCGCAAGGGAGAUCUCACUCGGUUGCGGUGCGCGCGGCUGCGGCGGAGGGCGGAGCGGAGGGCGAGCCAGCGUGGAAGAAGAAACUAGAGCUGGCGGACCAGCACGCAGAAGCCACCCGGGCGGCCACUGCCGCUGCGAAAGCGGAGUAUGAGCGGCGGCAGGCGGCUGCGCGGCGGGCGGGGCGUGGUGCUGCUCCGGUGACCCCCCUGGCGGAGCUGCCGCUGGUGCCGUUCUUGACGGAGGAGGGCAAGAUUGCGGACUGCUCGCAGGCGGACGCCAAGGCCAGCGUGUAUGCGAUCUUCGAUGAAGAGAAAGUCGUCCGUCACGUGGGCAUCUCCCGUGCGAUCGGCCCCUCUCUGCGGCUGCACUUUGCGCGCGUGCCCCUGCAGUGCUGGGCCGUCAAGGUGCAGCACAUCAAGGCACCCAGGCGCAGCGCGCUGGAGGCCAUCCGCGACGCCUGGAUUGCCGAGCUGGGCUACCGGCCGACAGGGAACGACAACGGGCCCGAGCAAAACAGGUGGGAGAACCCGCUGGACGUGCGCCCGCUGAUGACGGACGAUGAGAAGGCGGCGGUGGAGGAGGCCGCGCCGGGGCCCCCGACAGCGAAGGCCCUGAAGCAAGUGGCGCGGCGGGUGGAGGCCGAGUUGAAGGCCAGCUACGCGGCGCGGCAGUCGACGGAGAGCCUGCGCUUCGACCCGAAGCUCAAGGAGAAGGGCAUGCUCGACGUCAAGAACCCCGCGCCGCCGCCCGACACCAAGGUGCCCGAGAAGCCGAAGCAAGCCGUCAAGGCAUAG